GGCGGCAGAGGCGGCGGCUCCGGCUCCGGCUCCGGCUCGGGCUCGGGCUCGGGCUCCGGCGGCGGUGGCGGGAGAGCGACCCGGCGGCGGCGGCGGCGGCGGCGGGAGCAGCGGCCCCGGCGGCUUGGGGGGGACAUGUGGACCGACGGCCCCUGGAUGGGCGGAAGGAGCGGAGACCCCCAUGCCCUGCCCUCAGAGCUGGUUGUCCAAGAGUGACUGACAUGAGCCAGCAGCGACCUGGUUGGCUGUGGCUGUGGUGGUGGCUGGCCGUGGUGCUAGAGCCCCGGAUGGCCCCUGCGCCAGCUCUAGGGAAGACGAUGGUGCCCCUUGUGCCUGCGCUCGUGAUGCUUGGCUUGGUGGCAGGUGCCCAUGGUGACAGCAAACCUGCCUUCAUUAAGGUCCCCGAGGACCAGACUGGGCUGUCGGGAGGAGUGGCCUCCUUCGUGUGCCAAGCCACAGGGGAGCCCAAGCCACGCAUCACAUGGAUGAAGAAGGGGAAGAAAGUCAGCUCCCAGCGCUUUGAGGUCAUUGAGUUUGAUGAUGGGGCAGGGUCUGUGCUGCGGAUCCAGCCAUUGCGGGUGCAACGAGAUGAAGCCAUCUACGAGUGCACAGCCACCAACAGUCUGGGAGAGAUUAACACGAGUGCCAAGCUCUCAGUUCUCGAAGAAGAACAGCUGCCCCCUGGGUUCCCCUCCAUCGACAUGGGGCCUCAGCUGAAGGUGGUGGAGAAGGCGCGCACAGCCACCAUGCUGUGCGCAGCAGGCGGGAAUCCAGACCCUGAGAUCUCUUGGUUCAAGGACUUCCUCCCUGUGGACCCUGCCACAAGCAAUGGCCGCAUCAAGCAGCUGCGUUCAGGUGCCUUGCAGAUUGAGAGCAGUGAGGAGUCGGACCAAGGCAAGUACGAGUGUGUGGCGACCAACUCUGCAGGCACACGCUACUCGGCCCCCGCCAACCUAUAUGUACGAGUGCGCCGUGUGGCUCCUCGUUUCUCCAUCCCUCCCAGUAGCCAGGAGGUGAUGCCGGGUGGCAGCGUGAACCUGACUUGUGUUGCGGUGGGGGCACCCAUGCCCUACGUGAAGUGGAUGAUGGGGGCCGAGGAGCUCACCAAGGAGGAUGAGAUGCCAGUUGGCCGCAACGUGCUGGAGCUCAGCAAUGUUGUGCGCUCUGCCAACUACACCUGCGUGGCCAUCUCCUCUCUAGGCAUGAUCGAGGCCACGGCCCAGGUCACAGUGAAAGCUCUGCCGAAACCUCCAGUCGACCUCCUGGUGACUGAGACAACUGCCACCAGUGUCACCCUGACCUGGGACUCUGGGAACUCAGAGCCUGUGUCCUACUACGGCAUCCAGUACCGCGCAGCAGGGACGGAGGGCCCCUUCCAGGAGGUGGACGGCGUGGCCACCACCCGCUACAGCAUUGGCGGCCUCAGCCCCUUCUCCGAGUACGCCUUCCGCGUGCUGGCGGUGAACAGCAUCGGCCGGGGACCACCCAGCGAGGCAGUGCGGGCGCGCACGGGGGAGCAGGCGCCCUCCAGCCCCCCACGCCGCGUGCAGGCACGCAUGCUGAGCGCAAGCACCAUGCUGGUGCAGUGGGAGCCGCCCGAGGAGCCCAACGGCCUGGUGCGAGGGUACCGCGUCUACUACACUCCCGACGCCCGCCGCCCCCUGAGCGCCUGGCACAAGCACAACACGGACGCGGGCCUCCUCACCACUGUGGGCAGCCUGCUGCCCGGAAUCACCUACAGCCUGCGCGUGCUGGCCUUCACCGCCGUGGGCGAUGGCCCUCCCAGCCCCACCAUCCAGGUCAAGACGCAGCAGGGAGUGCCUGCCCAACCGGCGGACUUCCAGGCUGAGGCAGAGUCGGACACCAGGAUCCAGCUCUCGUGGCUGCUGCCCCCGCAGGAGCGGAUCAUCAAGUACGAGCUGGUGUACUGGGCAGCAGAGGAUGAAGGCCAGCAGCACAAGGUGACCUUCGACCCCACCUCCUCCUACACCCUGGAGGACCUGAAGCCUGACACACUGUACCACUUCCAGCUGGCCGCCCGUUCCGAGAUGGGGGUGGGCGUGUUCACCCCCACCGUUGAGGCCCGCACAGCACAGUCCACCCCCUCAGCCCCUCCCCAGAAGGUGACCUGUGUGAGCACGGGCUCCACCACGGUUCGGGUAAGUUGGGUCCCGCCGCCAGCCGCCAGCCGCAACGGCGUCAUCACCCAGUACUCGGUGGCCUACGAGGCAGUGGACGGCGAGGACCGAGGGCGGCAUGUGGUGGAGAGCAUCAGUCGCGAGCACUCCAGCUGGGACCUGGUGGGCCUGGAGAAGUGGACGGAGUACCGGGUGUGGGUGCGGGCGCACACUGAUGUGGGCCCCGGCCCGGAGAGCAGCCCGGUGCUCGUGCGCACAGAUGAGGACGUGCCCAGUGGACCGCCACGGAAGGUGGAGGUGGAACCACUGAAUUCCACUGCUGUGCGUGUCUCUUGGAAGCUGCCCGUUCCCAGCAAGCAGCACGGCCAGAUCCGCGGCUACCAGGUCACCUAUGUGCGGCUAGAGAAUGGCGAGCCCCGUGGCCCACCCAUCAUCCAGGACGUCAUGCUGGCUGAGGCCCAGUGGCGGCCAGAGGAGUCCGAGGACUAUGAAACCAUCAUCAGCGGCCUGACCCCAGAGACCACCUAUUCCAUUACCGUUGCCGCCUACACCACCAAAGGGGAUGGUGCCCGCAGCAAGCCCAAAGUUGUCACGACGACCGGGGCAGUCCCAGGCCGGCCCACCAUGAUGGUCAGCACCACGGCCAUGAACACCGCACUGCUGCAGUGGCACCCCCCCAAGGAGCUGCCAGGGGAGCUGCUGGGCUACCGGCUGCAGUACCACCGUGCCGAUGAGGCAAAGCCCAACAUCCUAGAUUUUGGCAAGGACGACCAGCACUUUACAGUCACCGGCCUACACAAGGGAGCCACCUACAUUUUCCGGCUUGCCGCCAAGAACCGGGCUGGCCCGGGAGAGGAGUUCGAGAAGGAGAUCACGACUCCCGAGGAUGCGCCCAGCGGCUUCCCCCAAAACCUGCGCGUGAUAGGGCUGACCACCUCUACCACGGAGCUGACCUGGGACCCCCCGGUGCUGGCGGAGAGGAACGGGCGCAUCACCAACUACUCCGUGGUGUACCGUGACAUCAACAGCCAGCAGGAGCUACAGAACGUCACCGCCGACACCCACCUCAUGCUCUCUGGCCUCAAGCCGGACACCACUUAUGACAUCAAGGUCCGCGCACGUACCAGCAAGGGCGCCGGCCCACUCAGCCCCAGCAUCCAGUCCCGGACCAUGCCCAUGGAGCAAGUGUUUGCCAAGAACUUCCGUGUGGCGGCCGCUAUGAAGACAUCUGUGCUGCUCAGCUGGGAGGUCCCAGACUCCUACAAGUCGGCUGUACCCUUCAAGAUCCUGUACAACGGGCAGAGUGUGGAGGUGGACGGGCACUCCAUGCGGAAACUGAUCGCAGACCUGCAGCCGAACACGGAGUACUCGUUCGUGCUGAUGAACCGUGGCAGCAGCGCAGGGGGCCUGCAACACCUUGUGUCCAUCCGCACGGCCCCAGACCUCCUGCCACACAAGCCGAUGCCUGCCUCCGCCUUCAUAGAGGAUGGUCGCUUCACCCUCUCCAUGCCCCACGUGCAGGAUGCCUCACUCAUCAGGUGGUUCUACAUCGUGGUGGUACCCAUCGACCGCGUGGGUGGGAGCAUGCUGGCCCCGAGAUGGAGCACGCCUGAGGAGCUGGAGCUGGACGAGCUUCUGGAGGCCAUCGAGCAGGGCGGUGGGGAGCGGCGACGACGGCGGCAGGCGGAGCGGCUGAAGCCAUAUGUGGCUGCACAGGUGGACGUGCUCCCCGAGAGCUUCACCCUGGGAGACAAGAAGAGCUACCGGGGCUUCUACAACCGGCCUCUGUCUCCGGACCUGAGCUAUCAGUGCUUUGUGCUCGCCUCCCUGAAGGAACCCGUGGACCAGAAGCGCUAUGCCUCCAGUCCCUACUCUGAUGAGAUCGUGGUCCAGGUGACACCAGCCCAGCAGCAGGAGGAGCCUGAGAUGCUGUGGGUGACAGGCCCCGUCCUGGCAGUCAUCCUCAUCAUCCUCAUUGUCAUCGCCAUCCUCCUGUUCAAGAGGAAGAGGACUCACUCCCCAUCAUCCAAGGAUGAGCAGUCAAUUGGGCUGAAGGACUCCUUGCUGGCCCAUUCCUCUGACCCUGUGGAGAUGCGGAGGCUCAACUACCAGACGCCAGGUAUGCGAGACCACCCGCCCAUCCCCAUCACUGACCUGGCCGACAACAUCGAGCGCCUCAAAGCCAACGACGGCCUCAAGUUCUCCCAGGAGUACGAGUCCAUUGACCCUGGACAGCAGUUCACCUGGGAGAAUUCAAACCUGGAGGUGAACAAGCCCAAGAACCGCUACGCAAACGUCAUCGCCUACGACCACUCCCGAGUCAUCCUUACCUCCAUCGAUGGUGUCCCAGGGAGUGACUAUAUCAACGCCAACUACAUCGAUGGCUACCGCAAGCAGAAUGCCUACAUUGCCACGCAGGGCCCACUGCCCGAGACCAUGGGCGAUUUCUGGCGGAUGGUGUGGGAACAGCGCACGGCCACCGUGGUCAUGAUGACACGGCUGGAGGAGAAGUCUCGGGUGAAGUGUGAUCAGUACUGGCCAGCCCGGGGUACCGAGACCCACGGCCUCAUUCAGGUGACCCUGCUGGACACGGUGGAGCUGGCCACAUACACUGUGCGCACCUUUGCACUCCACAAGAGUGGCUCCAGCGAGAAGCGGGAGCUGCGUCAGUUCCAGUUCAUGGCCUGGCCGGACCACGGGGUUCCCGAGUACCCCACCCCCAUCCUGGCCUUCCUGCGGCGGGUCAAGGCCUGUAACCCGCUAGACGCAGGGCCCAUGGUGGUGCACUGCAGUGCGGGCGUGGGCCGCACGGGCUGCUUCAUCGUCAUCGACGCCAUGCUGGAGCGGAUGAAGCAUGAGAAGACAGUGGACAUCUACGGCCACGUGACAUGCAUGCGAUCGCAGCGGAACUACAUGGUGCAGACAGAGGACCAGUACGUGUUCAUCCACGAGGCGCUGCUAGAGGCCGCCACGUGCGGACACACGGAGGUGCCUGCCCGCAGCCUGUAUGCCCAUAUCCAGAAGCUGGGCCAAGUGCCUCCCGGGGAGAGUGUGACCGCCAUGGAGCUCGAGUUCAAGCUGCUGGCCAGCUCCAAGGCCCACACAUCCCGCUUCAUUAGCGCCAACCUGCCCUGCAACAAGUUCAAGAACCGCCUGGUGAACAUCAUGCCCUAUGAGUUGACCCGUGUGUGUCUGCAGCCCAUCCGUGGUGUGGAGGGCUCUGACUACAUCAAUGCCAGCUUCUUGGACGGCUAUAGGCAGCAGAAGGCCUACAUCGCCACGCAGGGGCCCCUGGCAGAGAGCACCGAGGACUUCUGGCGCAUGCUCUGGGAGCACGGCUCCACCAUCGUCGUCAUGCUGACCAGGCUUCGGGAGAUGGGCAGGGAGAAAUGCCACCAGUACUGGCCAGCAGAGCGCUCCGCUCGCUACCAGUACUUUGUUGUUGACCCGAUGGCUGAGUACAACAUGCCACAGUACAUCCUGCGUGAGUUCAAGGUCACGGAUGCCCGGGAUGGGCAGUCGAGGACAAUCCGGCAAUUCCAGUUCACAGACUGGCCCGAGCAGGGCGUGCCUAAGACGGGUGAGGGCUUCAUCGACUUCAUCGGGCAGGUGCACAAGACCAAGGAGCAGUUCGGGCAGGACGGGCCCAUCACGGUGCACUGCAGUGCUGGCGUGGGCCGCACCGGGGUGUUCAUCACUCUGAGCAUCGUCCUGGAGCGGAUGCGCUACGAAGGCGUGGUCGACAUGUUCCAGACCGUGAAGACCCUGCGCACACAGCGCCCAGCCAUGGUGCAGACGGAGGACCAGUACCAGCUGUGCUAUCGUGCGGCCCUGGAGUACCUUGGCAGCUUUGACCACUAUGCAACGUAACUACCGCUCCCCUCUCCUCCGCCGCCCCUGCCUGGGGCUCCGGAGGGGACCCAGCUCCUCUGAGCCAUACUGACCAUCGUCUAGCCCUCCUGCACGGAUGCUGUUGCUGGCAGAGCACAGCCCACUGGGGUCACAGCGUUUCAGGAACAUUGCCACGCCAAAUGGAGAGCCCAGAACACCACUGGGCGAGUGGGUGGGCCGACAGCCGGAUGCCAUGGCCCGUCUCUGUCCACCAGGCCCACCCAGAGCCUGCGUCGAGCUCUCUGUUCUGUGUCGCGUUUCUCAUGCUUCUUCUCAUGGGGUGGGGAUGGGGGCAAAGUCUCCUUUUUUAUACAUUAAGUGGGGGUAGACUGAGGGAUUUGAUUCUAGCCUCUUCCCUCUUGAUUUUCCUUUUGCAAAUCCUUAACUGCAGAAUGGGCCGCUGUGGGGGUUAGGGUUCAGUUGUUUUCUUUCUUGAGUUCACUUUGGAUCCUUUUUGUGUAUGACUUUUGCUGCUGAAGGACAGAACAUGCCUUCCUCUGUGCGGAGCUGGGGCCACCAGCCUGAGUGGAGGCCCAGCCGCGGGCCUGGGAGCCACCGCUGACCCAGCUGCUCCUCCAGCCCUUCAGACAAGAUCCUGUUUCAGCCAAAUGUGGGGAAACACAAUUCUUUUUUUAAGUUUUGUUUUGUUUUUCCUCCAGAGCCUUAUUUUAGGCCCCACAGACAGUGGUGGGCGGGGAGGAGAUAGGAAACACUCAUCUCCAGUUGUCUAUUCCUGUGCGUGCGUGUGUGUGUGUGUGUGUGUGUGUGUGUGUGUGUGUAACAUUCACAGCCCAGAACCACAGACGUGUCUCGGGGAGCCUGGCAAGGCAUUCCUCAUCACCAUCGUGUUUGCAAAGGUUUAAAAAAAAACACAAAGACAAAAAAAAAAAUCCCAAAAAAAACAAACAAAACCCACCAAGAAAAAAAAACAAGAGUCAUCCCCCUGGCGUCUGCUUCCAGCCCCCAAGAGGGGGAGGUGGCCCCUUGUGCCUGGGCUCCCCAGGGGAGCUGCCGGGCUGACCUCGGGGGCCCUCAGAGCCGUGCUUUUCGUCCCCAGCCUUGCGGUAUGGCGUGGUGGUGGUCAGCUGUGGAUCUGGCCGUGCAGCCACAGGGAUCGACACAGGUCAGGGUGUGUGCCACGCCCCGCACACCUCAGGGCCGAGCAGGGGCACAGCUGGCCCUUCAGGUCCAGGCCAGUGGGCCUGGGAGCACACGUGUGUCCUCAGAGCAGGGGCCAGAUGAUUCCCCUCCCUGGUUUGCAGCUGUCGUCAGAACCCCUGAGAAUCGUUCUAUUCCACUCUCUCAAGAUGCCCUCAUAAACCAAUGUGGCAAGACUACUGGACUUCUCUCAAUGGUACUAUAAUCAAUCCUUAUUAUCUCGGCUUGCUGAGGGGCGGGGAGAGGGCCUCUGGGCAACACUAGGUAGGUAAGCGGGGGCGGGGAAGGGUGCAUAGCUGUUUUAGCCGAGGGACGUGGAGCUCGUCCUCUAGCUAGGCUCAGUCAAGAUCAACAAUCCAGGGUUGGUAAUGUUGGAUGAAACAUUCAUUUUUACCUUGUGGAUGCUAGUGCUGUAGAGUCCACUGUUGUACACAGUCUGUUUUCUAUUUGUUAAGAGAACUACAGCAUCAUUGCAUAAUUCUUGAUGGUAAUAAAUUUGAAUAAUCCAAUUUCUUACAAACCGGGCCUCUGUCUCAGCUCUUUCCGGAACCAAAGAGUGGGCUCUGUAAGGUCAGUAGCGAGGGGUAGAUUCUGGAGAUGCCCUGCUGCCUAAGGAGGCAGCGAGGCUGGCCUGAGUAUUUGUGGCAGCUCGGGCUCCCGGCGCUGCGGCUCACUUUCUGAAAGGAGCGUUACGAAGCCUGGAAACCAGCCACCGGUGUGUAUCAAGAGCACCCCACGGGGGACCCAGCUCCCCAGGCAGCCAGCAGACACUUUGCCUCUCCUCCCCUUUCUUCUCCACCUCCCCUGCCGAGGAGAGAGAUGGCCUGGGUGCCCCCAGAGGCUGGGACCCGACGGAGAUUGGUUAGUGAGGACUCUUGGAAUCCACGCGAUGCUGCUACUGGACCCAGGGUGGCUGUCUGGCCCCCCGACAAGCAGCAGUAUCAUGGGCCUGGCUCGGCUCCUGGAGCCCUGCAGCCUCUCCAGCAGUGAUCGGCCCAGCCCUGCCAGCUUGUGAGGCCACGGAACUUCCCAGGCACAGAGGCCAGACCCAGACCGAGCGGGGAUGGAGCUAAGUCAGCAGGGACCGGGCUGUCGGAGAGCUCUGGCCGUGACGAGCCCAGCGCAGAGGAGCCGCGGGCACGCCUGGGCAGCACCUGCCACCUGACAACGCUGCGGGUGGGCGCAGGCUUCCCAGAGGAGGUGACCUCAGCUGGAUUCGGAGUGUUUCAUGGGGCCAGCGGUGAUGACUUUUACGAAGUGGGGAAAGCAUUUCCAAUGGAGAGAGCAACUCACAGAGGCUUGGAAGUGGGAAGCAGACCGACAGGAGGAACUGCAAGGAGUGGGGUGUGACUAGGUGGGGGGGUCGGGGGCUGAGACACCCUGAGAAAGGCCGCUGGAAGUAGCCAGAUGGCGCAGCGCAGGGGUUUCGGUUGAUGUGGACCAGACGAGUCCCCGGCAGGCGAGGUCCCUCAGUCACGUCCUGCCGCCUCCAGUGUUGGCAGCUGCCCCCUGGGGGACCCCGAGUCCCAGAGGCCUGGGAUCCGGGCUCCCCAGCACCUCGCUCAGUGCCUUGCGUGUUUCUACUUGCUUAGAAAAAUGACCUCGUCAUUGCGUUACUCUUGAUGGUAUUAAAUUUGAGUGAUUGUUUACUAAAUAAAAGAAUGAACCUCCA